GUAUACCGUACGUGCACCCGGUCCCAACCGCUAACCGCGUGUCUCGUGUCCGCACUGUUCGCAGCCCUUUCGCGUACGGGUUAACACAAACCGGUCCGGAGAGAACGACGUGGACGGCACACGGUUUGCAAACCGUCGCGCAUCGAACCGCCAGCGGAAGGAAAUCGUUUGUGUUGCACGCGUUGGAAAUGUUCGGGACGACAUCGUGUUGGACGGCCGUGCUACUGGUGGUCGCCGCCGUCGCCGGUCAGACCGUUCCAGGAGACCGCGAGGACCAGCGCCAAGCCAAAGGUGUGCAGAUGUUCGGGUGGCAUCUGAUGGAAGGAGCGAAACGUUCUUGUGUCGGGCCCAACGGUCGCCCUGGAGUGUGUAUGAGCCAGAACGAUUGUUCAGAAAUGAAGGGCAAAUCGGUUGGACGGUGUUUUCCGUAUGAUUCGUGUUGUUCAAUAACUCCAAAUUCGUGCGGUGGAUAUUCGGGUUCGAGUACAACGUAUUUCCAAAGUCCGGAUACAUUUCAAGAACUGUGCACGUACAAGAUUCACGUUAGACAAAACACUUGCCAGUUAAGAAUCGAUUUCGAAAGAUUUUCUCUCAGCCAACCGACCAAACCUAAUAACGAAUCGGCGUACGUCUGCGAACACGACGAGUUUACCCUGGUGACGAACGGCAAUACCAAAAUGAACUUGCCUGUAUUGUGCGGAAAAAAUUCCGGCCAACACGUGUACGUACCGGUGAAUGAACAAGCGUCGACGGGCUCGAAAACCAAACAACACAUCACGUUGAAGUUCCGGUUGACGGCCAGAGACGAAGACUACACCGAGCAGGAACCAUUUUGGAAAUUGAAAAUCUCGCAGCUGGAAUGCCAAACGACAUCGACCAACUGGUGGAAAAUCAAGGACAUCGCGCGUCAGGUUUGGGAUUGGGAAGAGGAGGAAAGAGAUGUUACGAAAACAAAAUACAGCCUAGCGCCCGAAGGAUGUCUUCAGUAUUAUACCGAGAAGGACGGUUCGUUCGAAAGCUUCAACUACAACAAAGGAAUGGGGCAUUAUUUGGGUAAUUUGAACUAUGCGGUAUGCUUUAAGCGCAAUCAAGAUACAUGUGGAAUCAGGUACGAGGCAGUGAAAUUCCAAGUGGCUUACAAUCGGAAGUUGACCGGAUCCACGGACCGGGAUUGCGACACGGCAGCAGUGAACACGGGAACGACGACCAGGGCACCGCAAACGACAGAAACCACGACCGCGCGAAUGACCACCACGGCAGCAGGGCAAACUACCCUUGGGCCAGAUACUGUUACCACGACGGCGGGAACGACAACCACCGAAAAUACCAUGACCACCGUUGCUUCGGUAGUGGUCAGAUCAGCGAGACGUCGGAAAUGGUCAUCCGACGUGCACAGCGACUACUUGCUCAUACCCGACGGCCAUUACUCCGGAGAGGUUUUCGCUUCGAAAUAUUGUGACAAGUCGCUAGAAACUCUGGACGAUAUCACAGUCAAAACUCAAGGACCUCUCUACGUAGCCUUUGUAAGUGACGAUUACUCAAAUCCAGAAGAAGAUGUGGAAAAAGGAUUCAGAAUCAAUUAUUCAUUAACCAACACUGGUUGUUAGAUAUGAAUCAUAUUUAUUUAAUAAUUUAAUCAACAUUUAAUAGUACAAUAAAAUAUUUAUUUGAAACAAAA